GUGAAAAAUAGAGUUUCACAUUUCGAGAGUAAGCAAAACGAGAAGCACUUGUGCGGUUGACCACAAAGGCGGAUCGUUAAUUCUUGCUGAAAACGGGCACGAGCCUCCAUGCACAUUGUCCGUAAUGCACACCGAUUAUUCCCCUCUGACCACUUGAACCAUGAGGGUCUCACAAUCGCGCGCGACGUUCAUCUUCGGCGUUAUCGCCUCCAUCUAUCGGUUUUGCGACUUUUGCUUCGGCGAUGUGCUGGAAUUGGAUGACUUACAUAAAACUCGUGUGAUACCCACCUACGAUAUUCAACCAGUCGGAAAAAUGCCCACCGUUGGUCUAGGAACAUGGAUGGCAAAGGACGAUGAACUUGAGCAAGCUUUGAACAACGCUCUGGAAGCUGGUUACAGACACAUCGACACCGCGACCGUGUACGAAAACGAGAAGGUGAUUGGGAAAGUUCUCAAAAAGUGGAUCGACAGCGGUAAACUCAAACGCGAUGAUUUGUUUAUUGUUACCAAACUUCCGCCAUGCGGCAAUCGUCCAUCCGGCGUCGCCACAUAUCUUCAACGUUCUUUAGAUGACUUACAACUUGAUUAUGUUGACAUGUAUCUUAUUCAUACGCCAUUUGCUUUCAUUGAAUGCGGUGAUAUGCAUCCGAUGAAAGAUGGCAAGAUUAUGUUGGACAUGAAUACUGAUCAUGUUGCAACAUGGAAGGUCAUGGAAGAACAAGUCGACGCUGGGAAAGCGAAGGCCAUUGGAUUAUCCAACUUUAACAUCACACAGAUCAGCAAAGUUCUCGAACAUGCGCGAAUCAAACCUGCUAAUUUGCAGAUUGAAUUGCACGCAUAUCAUCAACAGGUCCCACUGGUAGAUUAUGCCAAGAAACAUGGAAUUGUUGUCACUGCUUAUUCACCGUUGGGUGCACCUGGGCUUUCCAAGUUUAUGGAAGAUAUGAAUCAAAAGGCACCUAAAAUGCCAAAUAUUUUGGAUAAUCCAGUUGUUGAUGAAAUCGCUAAAAAACACAACAAAUCUCCAGCACAAGUUGUUCUUCGUCAUGGUGUCCAAAAAGGCUUGAUUGUCAUUCCGAAGAGUACAAACCCUGGCCGCUUGCGUCAGAAUUUAGACAUCUUUGACUUUGAGCUGGAUGAAAACGACAUGUCCAAGCUGAACGGUCUGAAUAAGGAUGCCCGCUUCUUGGACUUCAAAGUGUUCCCAGGCAUUACGGAACACCCGGAGUAUCCAUGGAAGAAAGAGUAAAUUCAUAGAUUUUCGUUGACAAAUCGUUUAUAUAACAUUUUUGUGCGUAAAUUUAUAGUGUAUUUUAUAGUUUAAACAGAUUAAUAAAAGCUUUAUGUUAACAACUAA